AUGCUCAUUUUCCGUUCUCUCCGCAUCCUUGCCUCCCUCCCUACUGGAACUCUCUUCUACCUCCUCAUGUCCAGCAUUACCUUCUCUCGCCCCUUAUCGAUACUGCCUGCCCGCGCUGUCUCGGCCUACUCGUCCCACUCGUCGCCCAACCAGAAACGUGGGAUCAUAUUCCGUGUAGCCCAAAAGCUUGGCAUGGCCCGCUAG